CGCGGGGGUUGAGAGACACGGACCAUGCUAUGCAAGCAAAGCUGUUUGUUGCAUCAGUUUACCAGUACUCAUAGGUCUCCAAAUUCUGUACUUGAACUCCUUUGUCCCUGUUCCCUCAGUAACACAAUCUUCUCGGUUAUCAUUCUUUCGCCAGCAAUGUCCUUGUUACAUUUUUUUUUCAGAGUGGUCAGAGUGACCAGGCAGGAUGUCUUAACUUUUGUCCUUUCCUUGAGUUUAUCUCUCCCAGGGCCAAGAGGAUGGUGGCACUACCCUGUUCAGCCUCUGCACCUGUCUGAUUUUCCACAUUUUGGAAUACUUCUGAUAAAGUAUCUUUGUUCAUGUGAUUUGGAAAGAGUGCAAUUCUGGAUUUGGGUGCACUGCUCCUGGACCACUUGGUUGAUGAUGGUGUGUAAUCAUUGUGAAAAUGUAUUUUAUCUUCACCUGUUGGGUUAUUCAGGAGAAAAAACAAACCAAAUGAAUGGUAUUGAGCUAGCUAUCUAAAUAAUAACUGAUAGCACUGAUCCAUGAGAAUUUUGACACCUGCUACAGGAACGUUGUCAUCUUGCAGGCACAUAAGUAGCCAGUGAAGAGACCACAGCCUUACACUGAAGGCACCAUGCAAGUCCUUCUCCUCCUCCUUGCAGCUGCAGGGCUUUGUUGGGGGCAGUACAACCCCAACACUUUCCCUAAGAGAACCUCUAUUGUGCAUCUCUUUGAAUGGCGCUGGCAGGAUAUUGCUCAGGAAUGUGAACGCUACUUAGCUCCUAAUGGAUUUGGAGGAGUUCAGGUUUCGCCUCCAAAUGAAAAUAUUGUCAUUACUAACCCGAACAGACCCUGGUGGGAAAGAUACCAGCCCAUCAGCUACAAGAUCUGCUCUCGAUCCGGAAAUGAACAGGAAUUCAGAGACAUGGUGACCAGAUGCAACAAUGUUGGAGUCCGUAUCUAUGUGGAUGCUGUUGUCAACCAUAUGUGUGGGGCUGCAGGUGGCUCAGGCACACAUUCUACCUGUGGAAGCUAUUUUAAUACUGGAAAGGAAGAUUUUCCAGCUGUGCCAUACUCUGGCUGGGAUUUCAAUGAUGGCAAAUGUCACACUGGAAGUGGAAAUGUUGAAAAUUAUGGUGAUGCCAAUCAGGUCCGGAACUGCCGCGUGACCGGCCUUCUGGAUCUGGCCCUGGAUAAGGACUACGUGCGCUCAAAGAUUGCGGAGUACAUGAACAAUCUCAUUGACAUGGGUGUAGCAGGAUUCCGACUUGAUGCUGCCAAGCACAUGUGGCCUGGGGACAUAAAAGCAUUUCUGGACAAACUACAUAAUCUAAACACUCAAUGGUUUUCUGCAGGAACUAGACCUUUCAUUUAUCAGGAGGUAAUUGACUUGGGUACAGAGCCCAUCACAGGCAGCCAGUACUUUGGAAAUGGCCGAGUGACAGAAUUCAAGUACGGUGCCAAACUGGGGACAGUGCUCCGCAAGUGGAACGGAGAAAAGAUGGCCUACUUAAAGAACUGGGGAGAAGGCUGGGGAUUUAUGCCUUCCGACAGAGCCCUGGUCUUUGUGGAUAAUCACGACAACCAGAGAGGACACGGGGCUGGUGGAGCUUCUAUUCUAACCUUCUGGGAUGCCAGGCUCUAUAAAAUGGCGGUCGGUUUCAUGCUUGCCCAUCCAUAUGGGUUCACACGUGUGAUGUCAAGUUUUCGCUGGCCAAGAUAUUUUGAAAAUGGAAAGGACGUCAAUGACUGGUAUGGACCCCCAAGUAACGCAGAUGGCUCCACUAAGGCCGUCACAAUCAACGCAGACACGACCUGUGGCAACGACUGGGUUUGUGAACAUCGCUGGCGUCAAAUCAGGAACAUGGUUAUCUUCCGUAACGUGGUGGAUGGUGAGCCUUUCUCCAACUGGUGGGACAAUGGCAGCAAUCAAGUGGCUUUUGGCCGUGGCAAUAAAGGUUUCAUCAUCUUCAAUAACGAUAACUGGAAUAUGAAUGUCAAUGUGCAAACUGGACUGCCUUCUGGUACCUACUGUGAUGUUAUUUCUGGACAAAAGGAGAACAACAAAUGUACUGGAAAGCAGGUGUUUGUUUCUGGUGAUGGAAAGGCUAAUUUCCAGAUUAAUACUGAUGCUGAAGAUCCAUUUAUUGCAAUUCACGUUGAUGCCAAGUUGUAAUGCGGGAGAAAUCUCCUCCUCUGGUCUGUGUAUUCCUGUUUCCCCCAUAUGUUAUUCCCUGCUUUUUGCGCAUGAGUGACUCUCUAUCAAAUAAUAAAUGGCAUUCAA